AUGCCGCUAUCUAUGGAACGAUGGGUAGGCCAAGUUGCUGUAGUGACAGGUGCUAGUUGUGGUAUUGGGGCGGCUGUUGCAGAGAGAUUAGUUAAAGAGGGUUGUGAGGUUGUUGGUAUAGCGCGAAGAGUAAAGCUGAUGGAAGCUUUAGCAGUUAGAUUAAAGAACGAAAAAGGCAAACUACAUCCCAUGAAAUGCGAUGUGAUGAAAGAAGAAGAAGUGCUAGCUGUAUUUAAAUGGUGUAGGGAAAACCUGGGACCAGUCCAUAUUUUGAUCAACAAUGCUGGAAUAAUCGAGGCGACAAAUUUGAUAAAUGGAGAUUCGCAAAAAUGGAGAGAAAUUAUAGAUACCAAUAUAAUGGGUCUUUGCGUUGGUACAAGAGAAGCUGUGAAGGAUAUGGUGAAGAAUAAUGUCAACGGACACAUCAUUCAUAUGAAUAGUGUGGGUGGUCACAAAGUGCCGUACUUUACCUUCAGUAAUGUGUAUCCUGGAACCAAGCAUGCUGUAACAGCUCUAGCAGAAACAUUAGUAAGGGAACUUGCAGCGAACAAUCUCGAUAUUAAAGUUACCAAUUUGAGUCCAGGACUUGUCAAAACAGACAUAGGAAGAAACUGUCCGGCGUUUAAUGAAAUGAUUGCAAGAGUUCCUACAUUGGAAAGUGAAGACGUUGCAGAUACUGUUGUGUUUAUUUUAUCAACAGGUCCUAAAGUACAGAUACAAGAAGUUAUAAUCAAACCACUUCGAGAAGCUUUUUAA